GUCUUGACCCUGUGCCGGCCUCGCUCCCCGCUGAUGUUUCUCCCCCACGCUUGUAUUACCACUCACAAAAACGUCUUUCCUUGUUCCCGCCAAGGAGGAGAUAGACUGACUGUGUUCCCGACAAGGCAAGCUGAAAUAUUUUUAGGGGUACCAUGUCGUCCCUCAACGGAGUACAGAACGGCGUUACCAACAGUGCGGAUUGCUGCUGCACUGUGAACCAUGUCUUGGUGACAGGAGGGGCAGGCUACAUCGGGUCUAUUCUGGUACCCCUUCUGCUGGAAGAGGGGUACAUCGUCACCGUCUUCGAUACCUUCCGUUGGGGAAGUCAGUCACUCUUCGGACCGGUCGCUGCCAACCCAAACCUGAAAGUUGUCCGAGGUGAUGUGCAUAAUGUGGAGGACCUCUCGGAGGCGAUGGCCGAUUGCGACGCCGUGAUUCACUUGGCGGCCAUCGUUGGGUACCCAGCCUGCGAGAAGGAACCGAAACUUGCCCGCCAAGUCAACGAAGACGGCACGGCGCACGUGGCGAGGCUCCUACGGCGCAACCAGAAGCUUGUCUACGCGUCAACUGGGUCAUGCUACGGAGCUGUGGACGGCGUCUGUACAGAAGAGACCCCCAUAAGCCCGCUGACGCUGUAUGGAAGCUCAAAGGCAAACGGGGAGAAAUCGGUACUGAGUGUGGGUGGAGUAGCUCUCCGCCUGGCCACGGUCUUCGGUACGGCUCCACGCAUGCGGAUGGAUCUCUUGGUCAACGAUCUGACGCACCGCGCUGUCAGCCAGAAACAUUUCAGUCUCUACCAGGGCAAUUUUAGACGUACGUUCAUUCACGUCCGAGAUGCAGCUUCCGCGUUCGUGUUGGCGCUACGUAACUACGAUAAAAUGCGGGGCAGGGCGUACAACGUGGGGCACGAAUCCAUGAAUAUGACCAAAUCAGAGCUGGCCUCACUGAUACAGUCCCUGGUUCCCGGCUGCAAAAUAACCCAGUCGGAGGAUGGAGAGGAUCUGGAUAAACGCAACUACGAGGUGUCGUACUCGAGACUGCGAGAGUUCGGAUUCCGACCGACGAUCACUGUCCGAGAGGGUGUCCUUGAACUCCUCAAGACAGUCCCCUUCAUGUCCGAUGAAGAAUUGGAUCGAGCUCGGAAUGUCGGCCCGUUCAAAGUCCGUAUCAUGGACAACAACAACAUUUGAAAAGCACCUGAUAUUUAGACCAAUUCAAAUUACUAAGCUUUCAAUUAGAUUAGGGGCCUAUGCGGAACUUUAAUGGGACGUAUGUUAUCGUGAGGUUUAUAUAUAAAGUAUUCGUUUCGUUUACCGUGGCCUGCAUAAUAAAUUGGUAUGCUGACGGAAGGACUGAAAUGUUGAAAUUUUGAAUGGCCUAUCGCAGUUGUUUCCUCCAGCAAACAACAUAAAAUAUCACCUUUUGGGGGAUUUUUGGAUUUUUUUGGGUCCAAGACCAAAAUGUCUUUGUUAUCGAUGACCGUUUUACGGGACGUCCGAUUUAAGACGAUGUUUCCUCUUGCCAUUGUGUUUGAAAGCGCAAAAGAAGGUAUUUUGUUGCAGUUUAUUUAAAGUCAGUUCAACACCUUACAGAGCUAGAUUCAGUAAACGCUGCAUUGUUUAACAGGGUACUUUGUUGCAUGUUUGUGAAAAUUACAGAGGCAGACGGGGCUAGAAUGUGAUAGGUUAAAGCUAUAACUAAUACAUCAAAGAGGUAUAAAACGAGAAGUGUGAAUAAUUGUCGGUUUAUGAUUAAAUUUAAACACCAAUAUCUUCAAUUUCCUGAAGAUUGUUUUUUCAUGUGCUGGCUUUAAUUACCCCAAGAUGUCGAAAAUUUUCUUACUAUAUAUAUGGAAACUUGUUCACUCUAAAAUUAAAAUUAUUGCAUGCAGCUCAGUUAAACUGCUAUUUAGUUAUUUUGUUUUCAACAUUAAAUUUUUGAUAUUUAACAUUACGGAAGAAAUAUAAUGCUUUGGUGAAGAUAUACAGGUGUACAGUAUUUAUAUCUAAUUUCCGACUUAGUGUAAACAGCGAUUUUAUUGUGCAAAUUGUCACAGCUGAUUUUUUUCGAUACCCACAAGUAAAGAAUUGGGUUUUAUUUUGAUCCGCAUGCUCGGAAAAUUAUGGUUUUUCAGAUGCUCAAAAACCUAAAAAUUCCAGUGCACACCAUGUUUAGAUGGUAGGCCUAUGUGAAAUAAAUGGGGAAAAUUGGAA